GGAUGACUGGAUGGAUCCCCACUCUCCAGCAAUGGCGGCAAGGUUGUACUUCCCCUAUCCUAGCAGCGAUGACGUCCGCCACGAAGUGAGAAGGAAGCCGAGCGCGGCCGGCGAUGGAGCGGCCAAGGAAGCCGGCGGCGACAGCUGCGGCGCCGGCCGGAUCUGGAGACGUCGGCGGCAGCGGCGGCUCGGGUUCUUCCUGCAAUGGCGGCGACUGACAGCAACGUUCUGUCUGCUUCUUUCGAUCCAGAAAUAGAAGGCCAUUGCAGUGUCUAGAACGCGGAAUUGGUCAACUAAAAAUUCAUGUGACUGUGAAACUUGACGAGAAACCAGUGGUGCUGAACCAAUCUGUAGAACUUUCUUUACUGCUUUCAUCGUCACCGCUAUGUGGACAGUCUUGUAUGGUUAUUAUAUUGUUGCAAAAUGUACAAAACAGAUACUUGAAUCCAAACGGUUCACAUUAAAAAGCAUAUCUAGGUUGGGAUACUGGACUAUGUGGAGCAUUCAAAGUGUGUUUUUGUAAACCACAGUAUAAGAGUAUGUGGCAGCCUUAAUUCCUACUCUGCUUCACCUGAUCCUUUAAAAUUUUUCAGACUACAUAAUUUCUCUCAGAUCCCAGUUCUUGCUGAUCUAUUGAGAGGUCUACAAAAUUUCAGACUACAUACUUACACAUGGAGACAUUUCUGUCUGCAAUUCUGAGUGAUCUUACCAGUAGAUCCAUAUCUUUCCUUGUCAACAAGUGCUCAAAACCAACAACUCCAACUGUGGAGGAGAGACUACAACAGUUGCUGCUCCGGGCACGUGUAAUCGUAGAGGAGGCAGAUGAACGGUUCAUCACAAACCAAGCCAUGCUGCAGAAACUGAACAUACUAAGGAAGGAGAUGUACAGAGGGUAUUACACACUCAUCUGCUUCAGAUGCCAUAACAAUGAAGAAGACAAUGUCAAAGAUCGUGAGGUGAGUUACUAUUUUACACCUUCCAAGUUAAAUCCUGCCAAGCGUGUCCGAUUCUGCACGGGCAGUGGCCAGACUUUACGAGAUCAGCUGCAGCAAGUUCUUGGCAGCCUACAAGUCACCCUUGAAGAUAUGCGCGAGUUUCUCAUGUUCUUCAACAGUUGUCCUCAUUUAUGCCGACAGCCAUAUAGCAUGCACUUGCUUUUAGACAGGUGCUUGUUCGGUCGUCAAAUGGAAACGGAGCACAUCAUGAACUUCCUGCUCAAAGAGGACAUUCCCAGUGCUGAAAAUCUAGGUGUCCUGCCGAUCAUUGGCCCAGGAAAAGUUGGGAAGAGCACCCUGAUUGAGCAUGCCUGCGAAGAUGAAAGAGUGCGUAACCGCUUCUCUCAAAUUGUGUGUUUUAACGACGAUGAUGUAGGACAUGCAAACAUGGUGGCUCUUAGAGAUUGUGGUGUAAUUAAGCAUAAAAACCAUUCUAUUGGUGGAGACAGGAUGCUAAUCAUUAUCGAAUUAAUGGGAGACAUUGAUGAGGGUGUAUGGGGAAGAUUGUACUCAGCUUCCAAAAUUAGUGUUGCAGUUGGAAGUAAAAUUAUAGUCACAAGCCGAUCUGAUAAGAUUGUAAGCUUUGGAACGACACAAGUUCUCAGAGUAAAUUUCUUUACUCAAGAAGCUUAUUGGUACUUUUUCAAGGUGCGCACAUUUGGAAGCUUGGAUGCAGAGGAGCACCCAAAGCUGGCAUCAUUAGCCAUGGAUAUCGCCAGGGAGAUGAACCAGUGCUUCAUGGGUUCAUGCAUCUACAGUGUGCUUCUGAAAGCAAACUUUAAUGCUCGGUUUUGGAGCAUGGCGCUGGCAAGAAUCAGAGAAUUCAAGCUGAAGAACAACUUAAUAUACAACGCGUAUCUUGUUGGUGGUCCUUGGGAGGCGGUUAAACCUGCAUAUGUUCGGACGGUAAACAAAAUUUCCUCUGAAUAUCUUGUGGUUCUUCACGACUAUCAGACACUCUCUGUUCCAAACAUGGUCCAUUGUUACACAAACUCUGCUCAGAGUGAAGGUGAAGUCCCCGAGGUCAGUAUGCAAGAUUUUCUCUUCGGAAGUGUUAAGCCUCAAGGAAAAUUCAAGGUUCUCGCAUGGAGAUCUCACCUUCCACCUCACUACAACUACAUUUUCAACUGUGAGGUACGGAGGCCACAUCAUAUGGUCACCAGUAAGAAGAGAUCUCAUAAGCUUUGCACCUGACCAUCUCAGAUAGUAAUCCAUAUUGUUAGGUUGUGGUACCUUUUAGUAUCUAAGCUACGAGAUCUUGUUAUUGUCUGAAACUGUUGUAUAAAUAUGAGCAUCUGUGUACAUCCAAGCUCCUAUGUAAAUGUGAUAUUUUCAUGAGGUUGCCAAACUCAAUUUGUCAGCAUUAAUUAACUUCUUUUAACAAGAGAAGAAACCUGCUCCCACUUCUAUAAUGUGAUUUGUGUCCUUUCCUGUUUCACGAGAAGAAAAAAAUCGUCGGGACUCGGGAGAGCCGCGAGAGAUGGCGUGGCGUCGAGGCCGCGAGAGAUGGCGUGGCGUCGAGACCGCGAGAGGCAGGAGCAGCCAGAUGCGCGGCGGGCUCGAUGCGCGACGGCGGCGGGCUACUGGUUACGCGACGGCGGCGGCGGGUGUCGUUCGGGCAGAGUUAGUGAUCUCCAAGGUAGACGACCUCAUGAACUGGGCGCGGAGGGGGUCGAUCUGGCCUACUGCGCCGUCGAGAUGAUGCACGCCGGCGCGUCCUGCUAUGACUUCGACCGCUUUCGCGUCAUCUUCCGCCCAUCCCCGCGACAGUCCGACUGCAUGAUCAUCGUCGGGACGCUCACCAACAAGAUGGGGCCCGCGCUCGGCAAGACAAAUGGGAUAGUGCGGUGAAUCGUCGGCGGCGGCGGCCUCGACGCUCGACGACGGCGGUGGCCUCGACGCUCGACGGCGGCGGCUGGAUACGCAACAGCAGCGGUGGGCUCGAUGCGUGGCGGCGGCGGCAGGCUCGAUGGGAGACGACGGCGGCGGCCUCGACGCGCGACGGCGGCAACCUCGAUGCGCGACGGCGGCAGCGAUUUCUGACCUGGAAGAGAGGAUGCGGCGAUUUCUGACCUAGAAGAGAGAUCUUAUUUUUGUUAGCCCCAUCAUGCCCCAACUAAAUCAACGGUUAGAUUAGAUUGGUACCUCAUAGUACCUCAUCAAGGAUGGGAAAAAUGCUCAUAAUUUAUUGUUCAAGAAACAUAGAUAGUCAGCUAUUGAAGGACAUAACAACCGCUGUAGGGGAUCAUUUUCUGAAUGUUUUUUGCUAGUUAAAAGAAAUAGAAGCUAAAACUUGACCCUUAUCAAAAGAGACAAAAGAAGAAAACCAUUUUCUGAAUGUUUAUUCCUUUUCUAACCUGUCGCUGUUGUAGCAUUGGCUAGCAUGCGAACUGGUCAACUAAAAUGCAUGUGCUUUUGAAACUUGACGAGAAUUCCAUGGCGCUGAACCAAACCUGUAGAAUCGUCUCCGCUAUGUAGUCAACCUUGUACGGUUAUAUUAUUGGAACUGCAAAGAAAAAACAGAAAUUAGGAUCCAAACAGUUCACACUGAAAAGUAUGGUUUGAAAUAAAUUCUAGAUAUACAUGUAACUUUGUAUAUGUAACCACAGGGCAAUACCUUUCGCUUUAUGGAGACUUGGAGUUAGUAGAGUACGUGGCUGCCUUAAUUCAGAUCAUAUCCCCUCUUUGUAUAUGUAACCAGUGCAAUACCCUCUAUAAACAUUCAGAUUGUGUUUUCUCAGGUACCAGCUCUUCACCACUUGAGUGAUUUACAAAAUUUCAGAUCAUAUCUUUGCUGAUCAUAUGAGAAGUAGACAUGGAGACAUUUUUGUCCGUGAUUCUGAGUGAUCUUGCCAGUAGAUCCAUAUCUUUGCUGAUCAACAAGUGCUCAAAGCCAACAUUACCAUCCGUGGAGGAGAGACUGCAACGACUGCUGCUCCGGGUUCGUAUCAUUGUGGAGGAGGCAGAGGGACGGCUUAUCACAAACCAAGCCAUGCUGCAGCAACUGAACAUGCUAAGGAAGGAGAUGUACAGAGGGUAUUACACCCUCGGCAACUUCAUAUGCCAUGGCCAUGAAGAAGACAAUGCCAAAGAUCAUGAGGUGAGUAACUAUUUUAAACCAUCCAAGUUAAAUCCUGCCAAGCGCAUCCGAUACUUGUGGGAUGGUGGCCAGACCUUGCAAGAUCAGCUGCAGCAAGUUCUUGGCAGACUACAAGUCACCCUCGAAGAUAUGCGCGAGUUUGUCAUAUUCUUGAACUUUUGUCCUCGUUUGUGCCGGCAGCCAUAUAGCAUGCACUUGCUUAUAGACAAGUGUUUGUUCGGUCGCCAAAUGGAGAUGGAGCACAUCAUGAACUUCCUGCUCAAAGAGGAUACUCCCGGUGCUGAAAAUCCAGUGAGGAUGAUCUUGAAGAUGCAAGCAUGGAGACUCUUAGAGAUUCUGGUGUAAUCAAGCAUCAAAACAAUGCCACUGGUGGCAAAAUGAUAUUAAUCAUCAUCGAACUAACCAGAGACAUCGAUGAGGGUGUGUGGAGAAGGUUGUACUCAGUUUGCAAAUGUUGUGUUGCAAAUGGCAGUAAAAUUAUAGUCUCAAGCCGAUCUAAUAAGAUUGCGUGCUUUGGAACGACACAAGCUCUUCGAGUAAAGUUCUUUACUCAAGAAGCUUACUGGUACUUCUUCAAACUGCGCGCGUUUGGAAGCAUGGAUGCAGAGGAGCACCCAAAGCUGGAAUCAAUAGCGAUGGAGAUAGCAAGGGAAUGGAAUGGGUGCUUCAUGUCUUCAGGCAUCUACAAUGAACUUCUAAAAGCAAAUUUCAACACUCGGUUUUGGAGCACGGUUCUAACAAGAAUCAGAGAAUUCAGGAAGUUGAAUAUCUCACUCUAUGCAAAUUUUGAUGGUCCUUGGGAGGUGGUUGAAUCGGCAUAUGUUAGGAGGGUAAACGGAAUUUCCUCUGAAUAUAUUCUGAUUCUUCAUGAUUAUCAGACAUGUUCUGUUCCAAACAUGCUCCAUCGUUGUACAAACUCUGCUCAGAGUGAAGUUGAAGUUCCCCAGUUGAGUUUCGAAGAUUUUCAAUUUGGAAAUGUUAGGCCUCAAGGAAAAUUCAAGGUUCUCGGCUGGAGAUCUCACCUUCCACCUUACCACGACUACAUGUUCAGCUGUGAGGUACUGAAGUCGCAGCAUAUAGUUGCAAGAAAUAAGCGACCUCGGGAACUUUGCGGACGCGACUUCGGAUUGGGUGCCUGAUUUUUUAGCUAAAAAUCGGGCACCCGCCUCAUCCUCCGUCACUCUGUCAGCUAGCUGCUACAGAGACAUGGUGUAGCUGCAGCCUGUAAAGCCUACUAGAAAUUAACCAAGUCACUACUAGUACAUGCAUGCGUUUAGUAAAAAAGAAAAUAUGGUUAGUUGAGUUGGUAUAAGUUUUUUUUAGUAAUAUUUGAACUAUCCUUUUCUCUUAAAUAACUUCUUCAAUCUACAA